AUGAAGUCCUUCAAGAUGCUGACCGGCCUCACUUUGCUGGCAUUGUCUGCGGCGGAAGACUUGACCAAGCAUGUCGAUGUCUUCAUGGGGACACAAAGCGGGGGCAAUGAUUUCCCCGGAGCAGCAAGACCCUUUGGAAUGGUCAAACUGGGCCCUGAUCUGCUCCAAUCCGGAACAGAUUCAUACGCGGGAUAUCUACCGAAUGGCAAGUUCUCUGGCUUCAGUUUGAUGCACGAGCAAGGUACCGGAGGUGCUCCCAAGUACGGCACUGUCUCGCAGCUGCCACUGGUAGGUAACAUCACUGAUCCUCUAUCCAACAUCACUGUUGCUCGGUCUGGAACCGACCAAGGCUCUGUUGGAUACUACAAAGCCGAGACAGCAGAUGGUGUCGAGGUUGAGCUGAGUGCUGCUGCUCGAGCUGGAAUCUACCGGUAUACCUUCCCAAGUGAAUCGGAGAAGAAUAUCCUGGUAGAUGUCUCGCAUGUGUUGCCAUCUUUCCGCGGCCAGGGACUUGGACAGAACUAUGAAGGUGGAAACUUGACCAUCUUUGGGGAUGGCCAUUAUGAAGGUCUUGGAACCUACAAUAAUGGAUGGAAUGAGGCUCCCAAUUGGACUAUCUAUUUCUGUGGCUACUUCGAAUCCGAUGCAACAAGCAACAAAACAUACGUUGCAACGGGUGCGGCCCCAAGCAUUGAGAAGAUGGGUGGCUCAGUCUCAUCCACUUCAAAUUCCACUCGAGUCGGUGCACUCUUCACCUUCAAUGAAGAAGAAGUGAUUUCUCGUGUUGGAAUUUCAUGGAUAUCCCCAGAGCAAGCCUGCGACAAUGUGAACCGGGAGAUUCCAGCCGGCACGAGCUUUGCUACUGUUGUCAACGACGCCGUUUCUGAAUGGAAUGAGAAGGUUUUGUCCAAGAUCACCACGACUAACACCAAUGACACCAGCCUCAGUCUGCUAUACACCUCCCUCUACUUCAUGCACCUGAUCCCCACGAAUCAAACUGGCGAGAAUCCCGGCUGGGAGUCAGAUGAGCCGUAUUAUCAAGACAUUUUCACAUUCUGGGAUCUAUUCCGUUGCUCCACAUCCCUCAUGCAAGUCCUCCAGCCAACUGCCUACGAGGAGCAAAUCCGGUCUCUGAUCGACAUCUGGCGACACGACGGCUACCUUCCCGACGCACGGUCAUCCAACUAUAACGGCCGCUCGCAAGGUGGUUCCAAUGCCGACAACGUUCUCGCCGACGCCUACGUCAAAGGUGUCCGCGGGUCUGUCAACUGGGAAGAUGGCUAUAAAGCCAUGGUCAAAGACGCCGAAGUCACGCCCGCAAAUAACCCCGUCGACCCCAUGGCGCCAGACUCGUCAACACACGAGGGUCGCGGCGCAUUGCCCGACUGGCUCAGCCUUGGAUACAUCACGCCGACGUACAGUCGUGCCGUUAGCAGGGCUGUCGAGUAUGCGGCUAAUGACUUUAGUCUGUACCAGGUUGCGUCUGGGCUGAAGAAAGAGCAGGAUGCGAAGAAGUAUCUCAAUCGGUCUCGCAACUGGCGUAACCAUUGGAAUCCUAAGCAGACUUCGCUCGGAUUCUCGGGUUUUGUCGUCCCAAGGAAUACUACCGGUUUCAUUGAGACUGAUCCGUUGAAAGACAGUGGCUACUGGGGAGAUCCGUACUAUGAAGCGAGCUCUUGGGCUUAUUCCUGGGCGGAUGUGCAUGAUAUGCAGCAUCUGAUCAAGUUGAUGGGAGGCGCGGACACGGUGGUCAACCGACUGAAUACCAUGUUCACCGAGGGUGCUAGUGGAUCAAGUGGGAUUAUCUUCGAUGCCACCAAUGAGCCAAUGUUCAACAUCCCUUACCUUUACAACUAUGUUGGUCGCCAGGACCUGUCUGUAUUGCAAUCGCGGAAAGUCGCCAAAAGUGACUAUACCACUGGCGUGUCAGGCCUCCCAGGUAACAGCGACGCCGGAGCAAUGCAGACCUGGCUGCUGUGGAAUAUGAUCGGUCUGUACCCGAUCACCGGACAGACUACAUUCCUCAUCCAUUCGCCAUGGUUCGCGUCAAUGACUAUCGAUCUUGGCGGUAACAAGAAAUUGAUAGUCACCUCGACGGGUGGUGAUGGCAAUGGUGAUGAGGACUUUUACGUGCAAGGUUUGAAAGUAAACAGCAAGCCGUGGAAGAAGAACUGGCUGACCUGGGAUGAUAUUUUCGCCAAUGGAGGCACACUUGAGUUUGAACUAGGUUCGACGGCCGUGAACUGGACGACGGGCGAGUUGCCACCGAGUCCAGCAUCGGAGUAG